AUGUUCAGGUGGAUUGCAUGUCCUUGCCAGCGACCAUUACAUUAUCAACGAUCAAUUAUAUUUCCAUUAGUUACAUUUAUGAUAACAACUGGUCUUCUAUAUGGAUUUGUUGAACAUUAUACAUUAACAACUCAUUUUACAAAUCCAACAUUUUCUUCGAAUUCUACUCUUCUCAAUGUACAAUGUGAAUUAAAAAAUGAAACCAUACGUGCUAUUAAUUUAGCAUCGAAUGAUUAUUGUAAAAAUCUAUUAAAAGAUAUUUCGUGUAAAAUUGAUACAAAUCCAAUUUUUUUUCCUAAAUCAUUACCACGUCUUUGUCCUAUUCAACAAGGUAAUUUCGGUGAUGUUAUUGGUUGUGCGUCAAGUGAUGAAAAUUCAACACAUCAUAUAAACAAGUCACAAAUAUUUGAUAGUGAUAUUAUGUGUAUUGACUAUUGUUUAAAGCAUAGUGUUUCUUUUGCUGCUGCAUUUUAUUUACAAAAUAUUUAUCAUAUAAAUGAUGACGAAAAUAAUUUAAAUAAACUAUUAAAAUUAAUUGAUUCAUAUGCACGUACAAUACUUAUUGAUUAUCAAGAACAUCGACGUAAUUGUUUCCGUAAUGAUACUAUUCAAUUAGAACAAAUUCAUUCAAUAUUUCAAUCAAGUUUAUAUCAAGGUUAUUCAUUACAAUAUAAAUAUAACGAUGGAGAACAAAUUGAAAUAUUGAUUCGAUUAAAUUCAUUUACUACUAUUAAUUCACAACAAGUUAAAAGAUUUGAAAUUGGCCAAGGAUUAGAUAGUAAAGAAAUUGUUUUUAUUGAUCGUAGUAGAACAUUCAUGGAACCAAAAUUAGUCAAAGUUCUUAUUGAAUGGGAAUCUAUGACAGAUAAUGAUACAUCUUUAGUUAUUAAUAGUCCUAGUGGUGCUGUUCUUCAACGAGUAAAACUUCUUCCAUCCAUAGAACCUCUUAUUAUUGAUGUAGUUUUUCCGGUGGUAUCUUCACCAGAGAUGAUUGGUAUAUGGCAAAUGUCAAUUAUUAAAGAAAAUCACGAGAAUUUUUUAGCUUCAUUAAAUUUUGUUGUUUUAUUAUCGGAUGAAGAUCAAACAUUACAUAUACGAUAUUUAACAAUAUUAAAAAAAUUCUGGUCUAUAUCAAAUAUGUGUACAACAAAUAUAAAUUCAUCUUUGUGUAAUGAUUUAUCAAAUCAAACAAAAAUAAUAGCCAGUAGUGAUUGUUUUCAACAACGAUGGAGUUAUUUUUUUUAUGACAUUAAGUCAGAUUGGUGA